UCUGACCAGUACCCGUAGUAAUUUGGACGACGGUACAAAAAGAUAUACUUUUUUUUGGUCCAGUACAGUAUACCUAUUUUAUACGCCGCUUCAAUCUCGGUUUUCUCAUUCGUAUCCUUUUGCGAUUGUCUAGCACUCGCUCAUGGUGUUCGUGACGCUCAAGUACAUCAUUAUCGGAGACUCCGAGGUGGGCAAGUCGUCGCUGUUGCUGCAGUUCACAGAGCAGCACUUCCAGCCGAUCCACGACUUAACCAUCGGCGUCGAGUUCGGCGCCAAGCUGCUGGAGGUGGACGGCCGUAAGGUCAAACUGGAGAUCUGGGAUACAGCAGGCCAGGAAACGUUUCUCUCUAUUACUCGGAGCUACUACCGCGGGGCGGACGGCGCGUUGCUCGUGUACGACGUGAGUCGGAGGGAGAGCUUCGAGCAUCUAGCCCGCUGGCUGCAGGAAUGCCACCAGAACUGCCACAAUGAUGAGGUGGAGAUUAUGGUGGUCGGUAUGAAGUGCGACGUAUCCGAGAAGGAGCGCGAGGUCACUGAAGAGGAGGGGCGCAACUGGGCCGAAGCCCACGGCCUUUAUUUCAUUGAGGCUUCAGCUAAGACAGCGCUCAAUGUCGAGCAGGCAUUUGCGCUGACGGCGACGACGAUUUUGCGCAACUUUGACUACUCGAACCACCAGAUGCGUAAGGUGUCGGGUGCGAGUCGGGUGUCUUUAGACUCCAACGUGGAGCGAACGCAGGCAAAGUCCGAUUGCUGCGGCACUGGGUAGACGAGGAGAAGGUGCUGUUGUUGACUGUAGGUAGGUAUCUCAUCAAAUGGUCGUGGUAGUGAGGAGAGGCGACGCGACGUCUCUUAAACGGCAGAGGCAACAAGAAAAAAAAUCAGCUUUGAAUGGGAUUAGUCUUUCGUUGGGAAGCUGCGAUAGAAGACCGAUUGGCGAGACUAGAGCACUUCUGUCCGCUCAGGUUUCUGUGCUGUCCAGGAGCUCCUGUACCCACUCGCCAAUUUGGUUGUUCCC